AAUAUAUUGUAGACCAGGCCAGAUUGCAUAGUUUAAUGUAUUAUCAGGAACCGUUUAGAAGGAUUUGCAUUGCCUGUACUCUACAAUAUGUCUGUGAUUAGUCUUAGCAUUGAAACUUAGAUUAAAUAGACCUCAGUUAUGUAAAACAUGAAGCCUCGGUGUGCAACAUUUCAGAUAACUUAAGACUGGUUGCAAACGUUAAACCAUGUUUAAAAAGGCCUAAUAGUGUAACACCAAUCAGAUCGUAUGAAAACUUGUACACUGUUUGUCAGCCUUACACAGACAGGUUCAGGUGGUGAGAAAAAGAUUUUAACACCAACACUGAUCAUGCUUUUUUGUUCUCUGACAUCCUUCUCCGUCUGCAGAUCCUGACGACACACCUCUACACAAAACUAAUGCACCCCCCAGUGAACCUUCACAUGCUCAGGGUCAGCCACAGCCUCCCGGCCUACAACGGCGCACUCUGCCUCCUCAGCGCUCCUCCCCCCUCGCCUCUAGGAGAGAAACGCAGAAGGACACAGAGACUGUGAUGCCACCAAAGUCCUCCCCUAAGCGAUUUGCAGUGGUUCCACCCAAACCUCAGUCCCCUGUUCAUGGGAGGACAGCUGGAAUCCACAGUGCUGUUCGAUCCGACAGGACCCAGGCGUUGGACCGAGCUCUGAUCCAGCAGCUGCGGGAGCGCUGUGAGCAGCAGGCCUUGCAGCUGCAGAGCCUCCAGGCCCAGUUAAAGAAGGCCUCCUUGUGCCUGGACGUUUUCAGCAUCGCUACCCAGCACUUCUAUCACAAGAGUGAGAGUGCCAUUGUGAAGGAGAGGGAACUGUCCCUGGAGCUCGCCAGAAUCAGGGAUGAAGUGGCUUUCAGUGUUGCACACUGGGAGCAACUGCAGCAGGAGAAGGAGGAAAUGGAGCGCUGUUUUGAGGCUGAGCUGCAGGGACUGCAGGCUCAGCAGCAGGAGGAGCUGGGAACGCUUGAGGAGCGGCUGAGGACGCAGCACAUGGACGAGACAGAGAGCCUGCAGACACAACAGCGAGCUGAGCUGGAGGAGCUACGGGUCAAACAGCAAGAGCAGAUUGAGGAAAUGAGUGAGAACCAUGAGACAUCCUUGAUGGAGAUGGAGACGGUUCACAGUGACACACUGGCCACUCUGCAGGAGGAGCAUGCCAGGACUGUGAAAAAUUUGAAGAUGGCUCAUGAACAGCAGAGGAAGUCUCUGGAAGAGGACUUUGAAAAGAUCAGACUCUCACUGCAGGAUCAGGUGGACACACUGACAUUUCAGAAUCGUAGCCUCAGAGACCGAGCAAAGCGCUUUGAAGAAGCCCUCCGCAAGAGCACAGAUGAGCAGAUAGUGGAUGCUUUGGCACCAUAUAAACACAUUGAGGAGGACCUGAAAAGUCUGAAAGAAGUUCUGGAGAUGAAGAAUCAACAAAUCCAUGAACAGGAGCUGAAGAUUUCAGAACUGGAAAAAAUACAGGCUGAAAAGAAUGUGUAUCUGGAGGAGAGAAUACAAGUGUUGCAGCAGCAGAACGAGGAUCUGAAGGAACGAAUUGACAAGAACCUCGCUGUGUCCAGACAACUCUCCGAGGAAAAUGCCAACCUCCAAGUGCAUGUGGAGAAGGAGAGCAACGAGAAGAAGCGGCUCAGUCGCACUAAUGAGGAACUGCUGUGGCGUCUUCAGACAGGCGAGCUGAGCCCUCACAUGUCUCCCAGCUCUUCGCCCAUCCACCGACCCACCGAUGAGUCAGGCUCCCCUGCUCGCCCACACUCCUAUCAUCAGUGACGCUCUCAAGGGAAGCCGUUCUAUCAAACACUUGUCUGGAAUCAGAAAGCCAGAUUUUUGUUUUCCAACUUGUUGAACGUUCCUCUUAGUUAAAAGGGUAGGAUUUUACACUAUUGUAUGUAAAUGGACAAACGUGUUUCUUGGGAAAUGCUACUUGCCUGUGUGAUGCAUUUCUAAAGUCAAACCUGAGAAAUUUUAAUCUCUGACCUAAAGAAAUGUAUAAAAAAAUACCUCUGAUUGUUCAAAAGGGAAAUACUCCACCCUCCUCUUUCUAUUAACAUCUGAACGCCCGCCAAGCAGACGCACUGCGAUACUGCAGUAGAUGAAAUACCUGGUCAGAGAGCAGCAUCAAAGUCUGUGUGCCUCAUACCCAUGUUUUCACCUGCUUCUACAUCUCCACCCUCUCAUCCAUCACUCAGGAUGAUGGACAAAUAAGCAAACAUCAAAAGUGCAACAAUGAACUCGAGAAGCGCCUUUUCCAUGCAUCCUCUUACACCAGCAACAUCUGCCGAGGCACAGGCAAGUCAGAUCACAGAACUACCCAGGUUAGUAAGUUACUCUCAAAGUGUGAAUUCUCCUUUUGAGCUGUGUUAACCUUUUGAUGCUGAAAAUUUUCAUAAAUCAGGAGUGCAUGUGUAACCGGUCGCCUUUGGGUCUCUAUACUGUCCUCCUAGUCCUCCGCCUGUCCCCCUGGUGACUGGCCAUGCUGCGUUGUGUUACAAUUCGCCCUCUGUAAGUAGCACUUCAUCAUAUCCUCCCAUUCACUGAUGGGGAAAACAUCUUUAUGGUUACCUUCAAAGUAAGGAGGGGGGUUUCGCAUCUGACUGCACAACCACCUUUACCUGGGACUGAUUAC